AAAUAAUAUAAAUAUUUGGUAAUGUCUUAUUCAUUUAAGAAUUCUUCGUGGUAAGCAAGAAAAAAAGAAUUAAAAUCAAGGCGUCAAUCACAAUCAAGAAAGUUUAAUAACAUAAAGGCUUAAGUUCAAAUUAAUAAUUCAGCAUUUAAUUGUAAAAUAAAAUAUAAACUAGAUCUUUCAAUUGAAGCACCUCCAUCCCUUAAGCCAGCUAAGAGAUAUUGCGAUGUAACUGGAUUUGAAGUAAUAAAAAAUAUAUUUUAGGCAAAAUAUAAAGAUCCAGUUACUUAACUAUAUUAUUGUGAUGCAAUUGUGUUCAAUUACAUUAGGAAUUGUCCAAAAGCGACGGCAGAGGCAUAUUUAAAUAUAAGAGGGUGCACAUAAAAAUUAAUUUCAUGAUAAAAUAUUUUGAGAUAUGAAUUUGUUUAGAUGAG